UCUGCGCGCGCGUCCCACAGAUCCGAGGCUUCUGAACUACUCGCCACAGGAGUUCACCCAUGGCGAACGACAGGAAAACGCGCGGAGAUCGCGCCCGCGAAUCGCUCGCCUCCUGGAGAGCAUUCCUGUGGAACCCGCGAACAAGGGAGUUCCUGGGUCGAACCGGGACCAGCUGGGCCCUCAUCAUCGGCUACUAUGUCAUCUUCUACCUCGUCCUGGCCGCGAUGUUCGCCUUCACCAUGUGGGUGAUGCUGCAGACGAUCAGCGACGAGAGGCCCAAGUACCAGGACCCGCGUCCAGAACCCUGGCGUGAUGAUCCGGCCGCGUACGGAGAAUCUGGACGUCACCUUCAACAUCUCCCAAAGCGAUUCCUACUCCAAAUUCACGCAGUCCAUCGACUCCUUCCUCAAGACCUACGACAACCAGUCAGUGGAGUGGCCUCGGUGCACUCCGGGAUUCUUCCGCGACGAGCAGGGAUCCCCCGUGGGCCACCUCCUGACCGCUGUGCCCACGCGUUGCUACUUCAACCGCUCGCUGCUCGCAAACUGCUCGGGGCUCAGCGACCUCAGCUACGGCUACGCCAGCGGUCAGCCAUGCGUGCUCGUCAAGAUCAACCGCGUGAUCGGCUACAAGCCUGGGGACACGAACAUAUCAGCGAGCGUCAACUGCACAGCGAAAGACACGGACCUGGGACCUCUGAAGUUCUACCCUGAAAACAAGUUCGAUCCCAUGUACUUCACCUACUAUGGCAAGAAAACAGACGGUGCCUACCGUCAGCCCGUGGUGGCCGUGCAGUUCCUGAGCCCGCCCCGCAACACCGAUCUGCAGGUGGUGUGCCGCCUGUCGGGGCCCAACGUAGUCGUGGACGAAAACAACCGAGACAAGUUCAUCGGCCAGCGUCGAGUUCCACCUCCAGGUCUCCAACUAGUGGGAGGGUGGGAUUGGGGGGGGGGCAGAGACGAUGACGACACGCGGGACACACGCGACUUCGUUCAUUAGGGACUCCUAGCUUCGUUUCCCGUGGUCCGCGACUUCAUUUCUUGUGACCCGUGACGUCAUUUCCUGUGGCCCAUGACGUCAUUUCCUGUGGCCCGUGACGUCAUUUCCUGUGGCUCAUGACUUCAUUUCCUGUGGCCAAUGACUUCAAUUGUUAUGAUUCAUGACUUCAAUUCUUGUGACCCAUGACUUCAUUUCCUGUGGCCCGUGACGUCAUUUCCUGUGGCCCAUGACUUCAUUUCCUGUGGCCAAUGACUUCAAUUGUUAUGAUUCAUGACUUCAAUUCUUGUGACCCAUGACUUCAUUUCCUGUGGCCCAUGACGUCAUUUCCUGUGGCCCAUGACUUCAUUUCCUGUGGCCAAUGACUUCAGUUGUUAUGAUUCAUGACUUCAAUUCUUGUGACCCAUGACUUCAUUUCCUGUGGCCCAUGACGUCAUUUCCCUGUGGCCCAUGACGUCAUUUCCUGUGGCCAAUGGCUUCAUUUCCUGUGGCCAAUGACUUCAUUUCCUGUGGCCAAUGACUUCAAUUGUUAUGAUUCAUGACUUCAAUUCCUUGUGACCCAUGACUUCAUUUCCUGUGGCCCAUGACGUCAUUUCCUGUGGCCAAUGACUUCAUUUCCUGUGGCCAAUGACUUAAUUUCCUGUAGCUAAGGACUUCAUUUCCUGUGGCCAAUGACUUCAUUUCUUGUGGCCAAUGACUUCAUUUCCUGUGGCCAAUGACUUCAAUUGUUAUGAUUCAUGACUUCAAUUCUUGUGACCCAUGACUUCAUUUCCUGUGGCCCAUGACGUCAUUUCCUGUGGCCCAUGACUUCAUUUCCUGUGGCCAAUGACUUCAGUUGUUAUGAAUUCAUGACUUCAAUUCUUGUGACCCAUGACUUCAUUUCCUGUGGCCCAUGACGUCAUUUCCUGUGGCCCAUGACGUC